AAUUUAAGGGGCGGUGUCCAGAUCUAUAAAUAACGCUAGAAAAGGAAUUAACCGGAAGAAAGAAAAAGGAUCAGAAAUGGCGUGCAGGACGGUAUUGCGUUCCAUUUUCGUAACGGAGCCGUGGAGGCCUCUGCAUCGAAACGGGAAUCUCCAUUCUCUUAAAACGAUGAGGAGCUUCGGAAUUUCUGCUGCGAAAAGACGGAGCUGCGGAUGUCACGGGAUGGUUGUUAGGGCUCGAGAUUUUCAUUUUUGGAAACGGACUCAGAAACUGAAUUGCUCUCAUAAUGAAACGCCGUCGUCUUCGACGUCGGAGGAGGAUGACCAUGAUCAAGGCCCACCUCAAGAAGCUGUUCUUAAAGCAAUUUCAGAGGUUUCAAAGACAGAAGGGAGAGUUGGGCAAACCACAAAUGUGGUCAUUGGUGGUACAGUAGCAGAUGAUUCGACUAAUGAAUGGCUUGCUUUGGAUCAGAAGGUCAAUUCAUACCCAACAGUUAGAGGAUUUACAGCUAUUGGAACUGGAGGUGAUGAUUUUGUGCAAGCUAUGGUUGUUGCAGUGGAAUCUGUGAUACAACAACCGAUUCCUGAGGGUCGGGUGAGGCAGAAAUUAUCAUCUAGGGGAAAAUAUGUAUCUGUCAACAUUGGUCCUGUUCGAGUUGUUUCUAGUGAACAGGUUCAAGCUGUAUACAAUGCCAUGAGGAGAGAUGAUCGAAUGAAAUACUUCUUAUAAUGUGAUCCUCAUUCUUGUUUUGUGUAGAAUGUGAUCAUGCAGGGCAGUGUGAUUGCCCUUUUCUUCUUCCUAGGUAGUGAGUUUAUGAUCUUUGAUUAACCAAAAGGCACACGCAUAGGCAAAGGAAACAUCAUUGAAGUCAAUCUUGUAUUUGUCUCGUUGGUAAUCCAUGUCAAUCUGUAUCUGAUGAUGUAUAUGAUAUUUAUUUGUUAAUCAGAAAUUAGCCAGCAAAUAACAUAUUUCGUUCCCCUCUCCAGGCCAUGUACAUCCUUUUAUUGAUGACAUAAUAAGGUGUUUUUUCCCUUUU